AUGAUUUUGCUGACAAUGAUCACUCGUGUGGCAGAUGGACUUCCGCUCGCUGCGUCUGUACAGGAGGAUGAACAGUCAGAAAGGGACCUCCUGCUGUACCAGAGCCAGGCCAAGCAGCUGUGCCGUAAACUGGACGCUCAGAGUCCAGAACGUUGUACCCUUGAUACCGGGGACAAGAACUUUCAUUUUUUAAUAUCCCAGGGUGUGUGUUACAUUAUCCUCUGCGAGGCUUCUUUUCCCAAAACGAUGGCUUUUGAAUACCUCGAAGACCUCAGCAAAGAGUUUUAUGUCCAGUAUGGAAAAAAAGUACCCACAGUAUCCAGGCCCUACUCUUUCAUAGAGUUUGACACAUAUAUCCAAAAAGUGAAUAAGCCACCUGUGUCGAUCAAACUCCGGAAGACCUUGGCAAGUACUAAAAAAGAGCUGGAAGAGAUUCAGAAAAUAAUGGCGGAAAAUAUUGCUGAAGUCAUGCAGAGAGACCCUCUCUGUGAUAUUGCCAAAAAAGUCAGCAACCUGAGCAGCUUUUCAAAAAGUUGUCGCAGCAACGCCAAAGAUGUCAACACCUCCCCCGGCUAUGCUAAGGCUGUAGCUGUGGCUGUGUUCAUCACACUCAUCAUCUACAUGCGUUUCUGGUGGCUCUGA